AUGUUGCCACGAGUUCCCUUGUCACGGAUCUUCACGCAUCCAGGUAGACUUAAGAUCCCAUCAUGUCUGAUGCGACCACCGGUAAGGAGACUGAACGUGCACGAGCACGUGGCAUACAAAUUACUUAAGGAAGGUGGUAUUCCCACCCCGAAAUUCGGAGUAGCCAAAACACCCGAUGAAGCUUCUAAAUAUGCCAGCGAUCUGAAUACACAGGAUAUCGUUUUGAAAGCUCAAGUCCUUGCCGGAGGUCGAGGGAAGGGAUUUUUUAAAGGAUCCAACAUCGGCGGUGUCAAGAUGUGUGAAACGCCAGAGGAGGCAAAAGAUCUUGCAAAUAAAAUGCUGGGUAAAUUACUUGUUACAAAACAAACGGGUACCGAUGGACGAAUAUGCAAUGCCGUGAUGGUAACGACACGAAUGUAUCCUCGCAGAGAAUUUUAUUUAGCCGUUUUACUCGAGCGAACCUUUGGUGGCCCAGUAGUGAUUGCUUCGAGUCAGGGAGGUGUCGACAUCGAAGAAGUAGCUGCGACAAACCCGAAUGCUAUAACGUACGAACCCAUUGAUAUAGAGGAAGGAAUUUCCGGAGAACAAGCAGAGCGUAUUGCUGUAAAAAUGGGUCUCGAAACAGUUAAGAAUGAGAUGGCCAAGAUUAUAUGCAAUCUGUAUGAGUUGUUUCUUGCAAAGGACGCGCUCCUCCUUGAAAUCAAUCCAUUCGCUGAAGAUAUGGUAACCGGAAAUUACGUUGCGCUAGAUUGCAAAUGCAGAUUUGAUGACAAUGCAGAAUUCCGACAAAAGGAAUUAUUUGCGCUUCGAGAUUGGACCCAAGAAGAUCCAAGAGAGGUUGCCGCUGCUAAGUACGAUUUGAACUACAUCGCUCUUGAUGGCAAUAUUGGUUGCAUGGUGAAUGGGGCUGGAUUGGCUAUGGCUACAAUGGAUAUCAUUAAGUUAAACGGAGGAGACCCAGCCAAUUUCCUUGAUCUUGGUGGUGGUGCAACCUUAGAAACGGUCAAGGAGGCUUUCAAGAUCAUUACUUCUGAUCCGAAAGUAGAUGCGAUUUUAGUGAAUAUAUUCGGAGGAAUCAUGAAAUGCGAUAUUGUGGCUCAGGGACUUAUUGCUGCAUCAACCGACCUCAAAAUUGAUAUUCCCAUAGUAGUAAGAUUACAGGGAACUAAUGUCAAAGAGGCAAAGGCUCUGAUGGCGGCAGAAAAAGAUGCUAAGAUAGUUUCAAAUGACGACCUUUCAGCUGCAGCUUAUACCGUUGUCACAAUGUCGAAGAUUGUAAAAUUGGCAAGAUCCAUUAAUGUGAAGCUUAAAAUGGAGGUACAAGAUGAAGACAAAAGCUCCGGCAGAAAAAAGUGUCAAUAA